AAAUAAUAUGUUUGUGAAAGAUUGUGUCAAAAUAUUUUAUGUCCUCUAUCUUUUGCUGCCACUUUAAUGUCAGCCAAGUAUUGUAAGAAAUCAUGCUUGUAAAUUAACCUCUGUGCAAUAUUGACGGGAACUAGGACCUUGAUAUAACCUGACUUUUCUUGUAUAAUUCCAGUUUGCCUGACAUGUACAACAGGAGAACACGCUGAUUUAACUGACAACCAACUAGCUUCCAAACAUGUCUUUAAUCCCAGCUAUGCAUGAACAUUGCUUCAAAUUUACAAGACUCUUCUCACAUCUAAGAUCCUUUAACAGGCAGAACUCAAUACAUACAAAUCAAAAAGGGUUCCCAAAGAGGACAAAGGACCCUCUCCAAGCCGGUGUGACAGAAGUGAUAGAUGUUAGAACGCCUGCUGAAUUCAAAGAGGACCACAUACCAGGUGCUAUUAACCUCCCAGUCUUAGAUGACAAACAGAGAGUUAAAGUUGGGACACUCUAUUCAAAAUCACCAUUCGAAGGGCGAAAAAUCGGUGGUGGAUUAGUUACUGCCAAAAUUGGUGAACACAUCGAGAAUUACUUCCAGCAUAAACCAAUAGAUUAUACCCCAUUAAUAUACUGUUGGAGGGCAGGUCAAAGGUCAAUGAGUAUGGCGAUGGUGUUAAGUCAAAUUGGAUUUGACGUCUAUCAAUUAGAGGGUGGAUAUAAACACUACAGGCAGACAGUUCGAGAAAAUAUUGAAACAGUAGCUCCAUUGAUGAACUACAAAAUGAUCAGUGGUCUCACAGGGUCAGGGAAAACAAUGAUUCUCAAGAAACUAGGUGAACACAAUCAGCAAGUGAUAGACCUCGAAGAACUUGCAAAGCAUAAAGGUUCAAUCCUGGGUAUUGACGCGGACACCACACAACCUAAACAAAAAUAUAUGGAAUCACUGCUGAGUUUAGAACUAUCAAAAUUCAACUCUGAGAAACCUGUCUGGCUAGAAUCGGAAAGCAGGAAUAUUGGGUCCAUUACAAUCCCAAAUGCUCUGUUCAGUAAAAUGAAAACAUGUAAACGUUACGUAUUGAAUACUCCAAUGGAAGAGAGGGUUAAACACCUGUUGACAGAAUACCCCUAUUGGAUUAAGUACCCCGAUAGAUUAAAGCAUAUCUUGACGAUACUUGAAAAAUAUUGUGGUAAGCGCCUGGUUGAAUACUGGAGAGAUUUGAUUGAUCAAAGAAAGGGGGAGGAGUUUUUAGAAUCAAUACUUGUCAAUCAUUAUGAUACAACAUACUACAGUUCUCAAAAGAAAAAUUGUGCUCAAAGAGUUGAGGUAGUCAACAUUGAUGUGCCGAACUUGUCUGAGGAAACUAUAUAUAAUGUCAUUAUACCACAGUUACUUGAGUAAUGUUACCCUGACUGAAAAGGUUCUACAAACAACUGAUGGAGUCGGGAAAAUUCCAACACUUAUUCAUUCAUGGAUCCCUUUUGAAAUCCUCUUCCCAUAAACUAUUGAAUGGAGGGGUUACCAGAGACUUGAUGCGAGCCAAAAUGUUCAUAAAAUGUUAGUCUUGCUUCAAGACCGUGGACUCCCCUUAUUUACUUUUCCAACACAACACAACACACAAGGGGUUCCAGGGUCUUGAAGCAAGACUAAUAAAAUGUUAUACAAUAGCCUUAGGCCUAUAAUUAUUCAGGUCCGUAGCCAGGGGAGGAGGUUCGAUGGGUUUGAGCGAACUCCCCUGGCCAAAAAAUCUUUCAAAAUCAUGCAGUUUUUUAUCAUUCUGAGCACUUUUAAGUGAUUUUGGCCAUUUUUGGACUAAAAUUUUCACAAGUGAACCCCCCUGGAAUUUUUCAAAAAGUGAACCCCCCUUGGCAAAUCCUGGCUACGGGCCUGGUUAUUACACAUUUUCAGAUUUUCAACAUCUCCAAUUGAAACAUAAUGAGUUCUGAUUUCUUUCACCAUUUCUUCCAGAAUGUUGGCAAAGAUAAUCAUUAUAGCAUUCAUCAUUGUAAACUACAGGAUGUAAAAGUGCUGCAUUUAGUAAAACAAACAGAAUAAAUUGCAUGGUGUUAUAGAUAA